AUGUCUCCUCUGGCUGCUCUCCUCUGCCAGGGCACAGGCAAUGUCACCGCCAUGUGGCACAGGCACCACGGUGAUGUUUAAGAAUGUCCCAUGGGAACCUGCAGUUGGCCUUUGGUGUCUGGCAGGACCAAGCCUGGCUAGCCAGAGCGAUGGUUACUGAAGAAAGCUCGAGCCCAAAUGAGACUGGAUGGUCUCAAAGGGAGUUGUCAACAGCUGCAAUCUCCUCCUCUUCUUUGGAUGAGCUGGGGGAGUCGUCAGGCUUAGCUUCUCCUGCCUCUCCAGGGUGGGAUGAUCAAGCUGCUGUAGGAGCAAUAAUGGAAGAAGGGUCUUUCCAAGCUUGGAGUGAUGACAGCACUACUGCAAGGGACACUCCGGCUUCAUCCGAGAAUGCUGGCAAAACCGAAGACUUCUCCUUUCUAAAGCAGCUCUGGAAAAUUGCCUGCAGCAACAAGUUUCAGUCCAUUCUAUGGGUUGAUAAUGGAGUCAUCGUUGCCAUCAAUGAGGAAAUGUUCAAGAGGGAAAUGCUUAAACUGCUUGAACUCUUCUUUGCAUUGUUUAGCUUCUUAUGUUUCUAUUAUAGCCCCAACUUUAAGAGGGACCAUCUCCAGCUGCUGGCAAGGUGCAAGCCAAGAGUGGGAUGCAAAAGCAGAGCCUCGGCUGCACCAUGCCUGGAUGCAGAGCUGGAGGAAAGCCACCAAGGUCUUCAGCCUGUGUGA